UCAUUCAGUUGAUUUCCUACUUCCUGUGCCUUUAAGCCGUGUAUUUCAGGCGCUGCUGGAUGUGUGUCUGUCUGGCUCCAGACCAAGCAGCUGCAGUUUUGUAAGGAGCUGUGCUCUGUAAGAUCUUGUGUGUGUUUUUUUUUUCCCCUCCCACCAUGGUGGCAUGCUGCUCUUUGAAGAACGUCUGCGAAUAUGAAACCAACAAAGUGGUGCGGAUCCAGAGCGUUUACUACGGGAGUCUCAAGUGGGCUGUCCAUACAGUGGUCUUCCUUUAUGUCUGCAUUGUCCUUAUCACCGACAGACGUUAUCAGAAGAAAGACACUGUCAUCAGCUCAGUGCACACAAAAGUGAAAGGCGUGUCGCAGACAAACACGAGGAUCUGGGACACAGCGGAAUACACCAUCCCCAUGCAGGGAAUAGAUUCCUUUUUUGUGAUCACCAACAUCAUCAUGACGGAAAACCAAAUCCAAGGCGCUUGCCCGGAGUUCCCCCUCGCCAAAGCUGUUUGCUCAACGGACAGAAGCUGUACGAAAGGCCGUGUGGACCCCCAGGGUAACGGAAUUCAGACAGGCAGAUGUGUGAGGUAUAACACGACACUGAAAACCUGUGAAGUCACUGCCUGGUGUCCGGUGGAAUCUAUUAAACGUGCGCCAGUGCCGGCCAUUCUGAGGAGUGCCGAAAACUUUACCGUGCUCAUAAAAAACAACAUCCACUUCCCCAAAUUUAACUAUACUACGAGAAAUAUUUCACCAGAAUUCAAUGUUUCCUGCAAAUACAACAAGCGAACGGCUCCGGAUUGUCCGAUUUUUCAUCUAGGAGAUAUUCUCCAGCUAGCAGGAGAGAAUUUUUCAGAGGUGGCUGUGCAGGGUGGCAUCAUGGGCAUUGAAAUUAACUGGGACUGUAUCCUUGACAAGUGGCUUCAUCGCUGUAAACCGAAGUAUGCUUUCCGGCGCCUGGAUGACAAGAAAGCCAGCGAAGCUUUGUACCCUGGCUACAAUUUUAGAUUUGCCCGGUAUUACAAGCAAGCUGAUGGAAAAGAAGGAAGAACUCUUAUCAAAGCGUACGGCAUACGUUUUGACAUCCUGGUCUUUGGCACAGCAGGAAAAUUUGAUUUCUUUGAGCUUCUGGUCUACAUAGGUUCUGCGCUCUCCUACUUUGGCCUGGCUCAGCUAGUUGUUGAUUUUCUCAUUACGUCAUACACCUUCCCCUGCUUCAAAUCCGAUCCAGUAAAGGAAUAUUAUUACCGAAAAAAGUGCGAAUCCGUGUCAGGACCGAGAUGGACGCUGUUCUACGUGUCUUACGUUGACGAACCGCACAUCUUGAUGGUCGACAAAACACUGAAAACCAGUUUACAGAACACUGGAGGCGAGAUUAUUCAUAGGCGCCCAGGCGAUCUGACUUAUCCCGCCAGAUUCCCGCUGAAACGUCCGGAUGACGUUGUCGCACUCGGAGAGAUCCAGGAACGGCAGCCCCUCCGGACUUCGGGGCCCACCGCUUCCUCCCACGAGCGCCCUCCUUGGUGCGGCUGUGGCCAGUGCCGCCCCGCAAAGCCCUACUCGGAGCAGCUGUGCUGCCGAAGGAAGAGCGGGCCUUGCCUCACCAGGUCCGCCUUGUUCCAGCAACUGGUCCUGUCGAGAUCCACGCUCGAGUUUGCCCUCCUUUACAAAGACCCCUUGCUGGACCUGAAAGGGGACGAUCCCAACAGGCCGCUUCGACACUGUGCUUACGAGCAGUAUAUUCAGUGGCGCUUUGGGGACCCUGACCUGGGAAGAAGGGCCGUGAUACCGAGUUGCUGCCGAUGGAAAAUCAGAGAUGCGUUUCCCAGCGAGAAGGACGAGUACAGUGGAUUUAAGGGGAGGAAGUGAUGCUUUGCAAAAAGGCUUUGUCUUAUGGCCUAAGCCCACGAGGGAAUAAGGCAGAAUACAAUUCCUCCCUCUUGUAUUUCCCCAGAAUAUGGUUUGAUCAGAUUUUAAACUAUGGUUAAGAGUUUUGGAUUAAAACUUGAGAGAUUCAGGUUUGUGUCCCUGUUGAGCCGUGAAAUCAACGAGGUGACCUUGAACCUGUCCUUUCCUCCCGGCCUUAUGAAGACAGAGUGAUGGAGGGAGACUCAAGAGUGUUGCAGCGGAUCAAAAUGAAAGCAUCGAAUGCGCUGGAGCCGUGGUCCUGUAGCUGAUUGAGCUGAUUUCCCUUUUUGGGACACCUCUUUCAGGCGGUCCCUGGCUGCAAACGGAGUCAGGACGAUCCUGAAAACGGUGGGGCUGAGACCCUGGAAUGCAAAGCCACUUCUAGGAAACAAUCAAUGUCCCGCAAAGC